AUGCGUAAAUCAUGGUUUUGGCUGCUGCUUUACGUGCUCAGCCUCUGCGUCUGGCUAAGCCAGACUACAAUGGGAAUGCUGGCUGCGUAUGUCGGAUCGGAAGCUGAGGAUUCAACUGUGAACUUGGUCGCUCUGCGCGUCGCCAUCAACUGUACAGAUCGCGUGCCUAAAUAUGAAAAGAUACGCCACUCGAACCACUGGGCUCUGGUGAACUAUGUGCCGGCUAAUCAUGGCUCUGUGCGCUGCUCCACCAGUGUCAGCUACACCACGCAUGGGGACUAUCGGUAUUUGGAUAAUGUGGCUCCGUUGGUAGAGCGCUGGCAGGCGCCAAUAAGCCUAGCGAUCUACGCACCUGGCACGGACUUCGAGGAGACCGUGAACAGCAUCAUGUGGCUGCGACAAUGUGCACCAGAGCGGGAACUUAUCAAGCAAUGGGUUACCUUUCAUAUCUACUUUCCCGUGGAUCAUGUGCCAGACAGGGUCUACGCACAAAGCUCACUGUCCAACAUGAAGUUGAAAUGUUCGAAAUUGGCGCCAUUCGUCGGAGUGUCGAAAGCUGCACUUUAUAGGACGCAGCAGCAGCUGGAUUAUCCCAUCAAUAUGGGACGUAAUAUUGCCAAGCAGGCAGCGCUGACGCACUAUAUUCUUGCCUCCGAUAUCGAACUGUAUCCAACACCUGGCCUGGUUGAUGGCUUCCUGAAGAUGCUUUCCACCAAUAUACAUUUGGCUAGGUCCAAUGCAUCAGUCUUUCCGCUGAAUAUCUUCGAGGUGGAAGCGAAUGCCACGGUGCCAUCCACAAAAAAUGAACUGAUGAUACUGCUGGCCACGGGUAAGGCCAUUCCCUUUCAUACCUAUGUGUGUCCCAGGUGCAACACGGCUCCAGAUCUGCCCGAGUGGAUGCGCCAAAGCGAUGGUUCGACUACAAUCAAAGUGUUUAGCUCCAGCAAACGCUCCAGCUAUUGGGAUCCCAUCUAUAUUGGAACGAUUCACGAUCCGCCCUACGAUGAACGCUUGAACUGGGAAGGCAUGUCCGAUAAGAUGAUCCAAUCCUUCGCCCUCUGCCUAAUGGGCUACAGCUUCAACACCCUGGACAAUGCCUUCUUGGUGCACAAGCCAGGCAUCAACAGGGGUCACACGGAUCACGCUCGACUGCGUUUCGCGGCCCGAAUAAAUCAACUCAUACGCAAUCGCUUCACAGUCGAAUACUUGCAAAAAUAUGGCUAUCAUUUCGGCUGCACUUUGUGA